AUGUCGAAUACAGACUUCCUCGGCCGCGCCAUUGAGCAGGUCCGCAAGGCCAUCGAGGCCGACAACGCCGCCCAGUACGAAAAGGCCUACCAACUCUACUAUGCCUCCCUCGAAAUGUUCAUGCUCGCCCUCAAGUGGGAAAAGAACCCCAAGUCCAAAGAGAUGAUCCGCCAAAAGACCGCCGAGUACAUGGAGCGCGCCGAGAAGCUCAAGGCCCACCUGUCCGACGCCGAAGCAAAACGCAAAAAGCCAGGGUUGGUCGGCGCCAACGGCUCGUCGACGGGCGGCACGGGCAAGGGCAAGCAAGGCGACGGCAGCGGCGCCGAGGACGGGCUCGACGAGGACAGCAAGAAACUGCGCAGCGCGCUGGCGGGCGCCAUCAUGGGCGACCGGCCGAAUGUCAAGUGGGACGACGUGGCCGGGCUGGAGGGUGCCAAGGAGGCCUUGAAGGAGGCCGUGCUGCUGCCCAUCAAGUUCCCGCACCUGUUCCAGGGCAAGCGCCAGCCCUGGAAGGGCAUCCUGCUGUACGGCCCGCCCGGUACCGGCAAGAGCUACCUGGCCAAGGCGGUGGCCACCGAGGCCAAGAGCACCUUUUUCAGUGUCAGCAGUUCGGAUCUGGUCAGCAAGUGGAUGGGCGAGAGCGAGCGGCUGGUCAAGCAGCUCUUCAACAUGGCGCGCGAGAACAAGCCGUCCAUUAUCUUUAUCGACGAGCUCGACGCCCUGGCCGGUCCCCGCGGCGAGGGCGAGUCCGAGGCGUCGCGGCGCAUCAAGACGGAAAUGCUCGUGCAGAUGGACGGUGUCGGCAAGGACAGCACCGGCGUCCUCGUGCUGGGCGCCACCAACAUCCCCUGGCAGCUCGACACGGCCAUCCGCCGCCGCUUCCAGCGCCGCGUCCACAUCAGCCUGCCCGACGUCGCCGCCCGCACCACCAUGUUCAAGAUUUCCAUUGGCGAGACCCCGACCACCCUGCAGAGCAACGAUUAUCGCGAGCUGGCCAAGCUGGCCGAGGGCUACUCGGGCUCCGACAUCAGCAUCGCCGUCCAGGACGCCCUGAUGCAGCCCGUGCGCAAGAUCCAGCAGGCCACGCACUUCCACGCCGUCACCGACAAGGACGGCAACAAAAAGCUGACACCCUGCUCGCCCGGCGCACCCGACGCACAAGAAAUGACGUGGGACGAUGUCGACUCCGAGCAGCUGUUGGAACCGUUGGUGGACUUUAAGGACUUUGUCAAGGCCAUCAAGGGCAGCCGACCGACCGUGUCCAAGGAGGACCUGAAGCGGAACGAGGAAUGGACACGCGAGUUUGGUAGCGAAGGCGCGUAG